AUGGCGAGAAUAAUCGAGAACGAUGACGGAAACUCCACCGGCGUCAAAGUGAAACGUUUUCCCGCCGGCGCCUUGCAAGCAGUAACCACUCUGUUGCUUCUAUGCGCCAAACAAGCAAUUCUGGUUUCGAAAAAGUUGAAAAGCAAUUCAAGGAUUUCUCAGGGGGCACCGAAGAAAAUCAUCUCCUCCAUAAGCAACAAAGCGAUCAAGUUGCGCCACCGCAAGAAGAAGGCCGGAGAAAAAGGUGCAGAGUACGGUGACGACGGAGUGUGGCGGAGGGAGAUUCUGAUGGGGGAUAAAUGUCAACCGCUGGAUUUUUCUGGCGUUAUUUAUUAUGAUAAAGACGGGAACGUCCUGAGUGAGUUGCCGAUGCGAUCCCCGCGUGCAAGUCCGUUUCCGGGAUACGCCUGUACUUCUCCGACGAAGUCCAGUUGGACGUCACCGGCGCGACGAGAAUUACCGUCCCAGUGA